CUCUGCACAGGUCCCACAUCCUGUCUGAUAUUAUUUUAGUUUAUAAAAUAAUAAUACUAAUCAGUUUAGUGAGACAUGUCAUGGUUACAGUUAGAGGGAUCCCAGCCUUGGUGACUGUGGGGUCCUUUAAGGAAAGACUUUUUAAUGUUCUAUUUCCCUUGGUGGCCAUGGAUACUAGGCAGAGCUUCACGUCAUCAGUUCCGUGGAACGAUUGCAUCACUUGCAUCCGGCAAGCUGGCCAAUCAGCGGCCGAUCAGCUGCCGGCUCCUCCCCUCCUUGAUUCCAUGUGUAGGUUCGUUAGUAAGCCCCGCCCCGCCGGGUUUGGAGUGGCUGUCCGCGCGGAGAUGCUGUCAGUGUGAGUGUGUGGCACGCGGCGGGCAGGACGCAGUUCUCUCUCUCGCUGUCUCAGAGCCUGGAAUCCCGGCCGUGACGUCAUCACUGCGAGACCCCCUGCCGUGACCUCAUCGCCCGGUGCCCGCAGCUCCACGUGUCUGCCUGGGAGCGAGGAUGAAGGAGUGUAACGGAGCCGCCUCUUCCCCCGGGGAUCCCCCCGUGCCGCCAGCUCUGUACCGGCCCAAGGAGGAGCCCACACCGGGCUGCCGGCCCCGCCUGGCCCGCUUCCUGCGCGGGAACAUGCUGGUACUGCUCACCAUCCUGGGGGUCCUGCUGGGCGCCGGGCUGGGCAUGGGGGUGCGGCCGCUCGCCCUCUCCAAGGCUCAGAUCGCCUCGUUCUCCUUCCCCGGGGAGCUGCUGAUCCGCCUGCUGAAGAUGAUCAUCCUGCCGCUGGUGGUGUGCAGCCUGGUGUCCGGGGCAGCCUCCCUGCAGCCCUCUGCCCUGGGCAAGCUCGGCGGCUGGGCUAUGCUCUUCUUCCUCGUCACCACCCUGCUGGCCUCGGGGCUGGGGGUGUGCCUGGCACUGCUCAUCAAACCCGGGGUGGGGGCCCAGGUCAGCACUGGAGACGGGGAUGGCAUCCCUGAGGCCAAGGAGGUGGUGGAUUCCUUCCUGGACCUAAUUCGGUAAGUGGCUGUCUGUGUGGCUACUGUCAUGGCUAGCUUACAGGGACAAUCUGAGUGCUGACAGUGUGUCUGCCGGCAUGGCUAACUUACAGCCACUAUGGGCUAUGACAUGCUCGGAGUGCUGACAGUGUGUCUGCCGGCAUGGCUAAUUUACAGCCACUAUGGGCUAUGACAUGCUCGAAGUGCUGACAGUGUGUCUGCUGGCAUGGCUAACUUACAGCCAUUAUGGGCUAUGACAUGCUCUGAGUGCUGACAGUGUGUCUGCCGGCAUGGCUAACUUACAGCCAUUAUGGGCUAUGACAUGCUCUGAGUGCUGACAGUGUGUCUGCCGGCAUGGCUAACUACCAGCUGUUGUGUACAAUCAUCACACUGUCAGCACUGUGGAUUAUAUAGAAUGGUUUACUGAUAGUAUAUAUCUGUUGGUGGUUGACUGUCUUUGGACACUCUUGCCCUUGUAGACUACUAUUGGCUAAUGCUCUGAUCACUGUAACAAGUUCACACCUGUUACUGUGUCAACCUCCCCACGAUCUCUAUAAUAUGGAGUUUAUGGAUCGAGACAUGACCUCUAUAAAAUGUGCAAUAUUGGAGAAACAGAUCAGUCUUGAUCCCCUUCAUUACCAGGGAUUUUAUUCAUAUCCCAAUUUGACAUCGUUUGUAAUCUAGUGAGGUGUCAAAGCUGUGGAAAUAGUUCAGUUGCAGAAUUUUUUUUCAGAUUGUUAGAACUCAAAUUUAAGUGAAUAAAUCCAAUGCUUUGUUAUAAAGACUAGCACUAACUGAGGCACACAUCUUCCCAGUGUAGCCACUGUUAAAAUAUUGAGAGAGAUAUAUAUAUAUAUAUAUUACAGUCUUGUAUGUGUGUGUGUGUAUAUAGAGCAUUGUUAAAAUAUAUUGCUUGGUUGCUAUCUUAUAACCCUAAAAUGAGUCUUAAUUUACUGGUUUAUCCCAGGAGUAUGUAUGUGUUGCGUAUGGCCAUUCUUGUGGGUCAUAAUUCUGUUUUUCUAUUACUCUGUGUAAUAAAAUUUAAGCUGUUCCUCUACCAGAUUGGGACAAAAAUUUACAUCGUGGUACAAAACUCUGUUCUAAGCAUUCGAACAGCUCUUUAUACCGGUGUUUCUAUAAACACAUGUCUAUAGUUGGUUUCCACAGUGGUGAUGUGUUCCUGUCUUAAGCUGAUGCAAUUUCAGAUGCUAGUUGCGUGUCCCACGUGUUAUCACAAAGAGAACGUCCCCUAACCAUUGACGUUAAUACUGUCAUUGUCUGUUUGGGAGACACGUGGUGACAGUGUAAAAUAGCUCCUCUUGUCGGUAGGAUCUCCUUAGAUCUUUUCUGUAAUGAUGCAAAUAGGCUUUAUUAUGAGUUAUUUUCAGGGAAAUUGAACAAAUAGUACCCAUAACUGUGUUUUUAGCAGUGAUUAUAUGGUCCUGCUAGUCAAAUAUCUAUGAAAUGUGCGUUGUUUUUUUUCAUGGGUCCCUCAACCGAAUUUGCAAUUUAGGCUAAAAUAAAGAACUUGCCAAAUUCCUUUAUUUAUGACCACCUUUUUUGUUUUUUCCUUGCCGCCUUUGCCAACCAUUUUAUACUCUGAUCAGAUCACAUUUCAUGUUUACACAAAUUGGUGCAAACAUUCUAAAAAUACCUCGGGUAAGGUGACCCUUGGAGAGAGUUUGAAAUGACCUUGGAUAAAGAGAAGUUGGGCGUUUUAGGACUUGAAUCCAAUGUUGCUGCACUACGUGCAUGAUGCACAGCUCUAUUAUUUAUAUAGCCGCCAACAAAUUCCGCAGCGCUGUACAAUAUUAAAUCCAAAACAGCUUUUUAAGUCCUUGCGGCAACAGAUAAGGAGGUUUAACCCCCUAAAGGACCAAUGAUGUUAAAUGCCAUCAUCACAAUCCGUUGCCUUCAUGCAACAUCCAGUUUAUUCGGCUUUUAUCAAUAUACACAGUUAUGCCAUAGCUAACUGAGUAAUCAAUUUCGUUAUAAUACUGGAUUGUAAAAGAGAAGGUUGAUGGGAUGGAAUUGUUAGAAUUCUAUUAUUAGUGCUAUAUGGGUUAUUGCUCUUUAUGAUAGAAGCUGGCUGUUGGCACAUGUGCUGUGAUACAUUGUGUUCUUUGUGCUUCAUGGGGAAAACCUAAUCCGAAACAGCUGGAGAGUCAAAGGUUGGCAAUCCCAGUUCUGUUUAUAAAUGUAUUCACAUUUCUCUCCGAAGCGAUGUAACCCAAUUAUAUGGUGUUUUAAUUGCCUGUCUUCAGUCUCCAUAUUUGGACAUCUCCUCGGUUUAGAACAGGAGUUCCCAGAUGUUUUAAAACUACAACUUACAGGAUGCUUUGAGCAUUCUAAAGGCAUGCAAAGCAUCAUGGGAGCUGUAGUUCUACAACAUCCGGGGAUCAACCUUUUGGGCACCCCUGAUUUAGAACAUAUAACUCAUUCAGUUUUUUUUUUCAGGAACAUCUUUCCUUCAAACUUGGUUUCUGCAGCAUUCCAAUCGGUGAGAGAGAGCUUUCUGAUCACAUUCAUACUUGCAUGUGUCUAUUCUGUCUCCAUAACCUCCCUAAUGAAAUGUAUAUUUUGUGUCUCCAGUAUUCCACCAGUUAUAGACUUGAAUUAAGAAAUGCAUCAGACCCAGCAGGAGGCUAUAACAUUACAUCGGACAAGGUGAGGGCCACUAUUGGCAUGCACAGUCAUAAAGCGUCUUGGGGGGGAGGGGGUUAUGAGCCUUUAUUUUUCUCGUCUCUUGCUCAUGUGUUACGUUUUUAUUUCUCAGGUUCCUUAUGGGCAAGAGGUGGAGGGGAUGAACAUCCUGGGACUGGUAGUCUUUGCCAUUGUUUUUGGAGUGGCGCUAAGAAAGUUGGGAGAAGAGGGCGAGAUUCUUAUUCGAUUCUUCAACUCCUUCAAUGAAGCUACUAUGGUCCUUGUGACCUGGAUUAUGUGGUGAGUCUCUUUCUGAGUUGGUAGCAGGCAGAAAACCAAGGAUCACACACGGUUUCAAUUAAACUUGUGCACAUAUGCCUUUCAUCUGGGCCUGAUUAGUCUAUAGAUGACCAAAUCGAUUCAUUUGGAUUUCCUGAUUAAUUAACUUGUUUGUCUAUGAAUUGACAGAUGAUUUGUGCACCAGUCUUGUUUCAAUACGUCUAAUGUUAAUUUUAUACUUUAGAAUCUAUACUAUUAAGAGAAUUGUUUUUUUUCACUUGUGAUGUGCAUGGUAUUUUUUAAAAUUGUUUAUAUUCUUGUUUUGCUAAUGUUCAGGAUUUCUUCUUUUUAUACAUUGCAUUAGAAAUGCAAACCAUAACAAUCUUAAACCUUUUUAUUUGACCUUCACAUGGUACUGAUAUCAUUCUGAAUCGAUUUAAUUCUCCUGCUUGUACCAGGCACUCCCGACUGGUAAUAAGUGUUCACUCACUUUAAUGUUCGUUGAGACUAGUAUCCAUUAGCCAAUAUUUACUUACACCUUGCCAAUGACAUGUCCUGUGCUGGUCAGUCUAUUAAUAAACCUAUUUUCUGUCUCUGAAGGUAUGCCCCCGUGGGUAUCAUGUUCCUGGUCGCCGGUAAAAUAGUGGAAAUGGAAGACGUAAUCCAGCUUUUCUCUAGUCUUGGGAAGUACAUUUCCUGUUGCAUUCUGGGACACUUCAUUCAUGGAUUCAUCGUCCUCCCACUAAUUUACUUUGCCUUCACUCGGAAGAACCCUUACCGUUUCCUCUGGGGCAUCUUUAGUGCUCUUGUCACUGCAUUUGGGACAUCAUCAAGGUUUGUAUCACAUGAUAGUACUGUUACAAAAUAUCCUACACUUCAAUUCUUGAGAACAUACACAGAAAAUGUAAAGGAAUGCUCGAAGUAGACGCUACAGGUCCCUGUAUUGUUUAGAUUGCUUGUUUGUUGGCACGGUUUCCUGGUUUAAGAUCAAACCUUUUAGGAACAGUCUGAUAUAAACUGGGACUUUUCUCUGUGCUGAGACUUCCCCAAUCUGUGUAAUGAGCAAUUAGCAAUUCUACUUUAUUCAUUUACAAUCCAUGUGUUUCAUUUGUGGAAAUUUUAAACAUUCAAUGAUUCUCCAUGCUGGCUACGACUAGUUUAAAAAAAAAAAAAAAAUUAUAUAUAUAAAUUUUUUUAAUUUUUUUUUUUUUUUUUUUGUUCUGUAUGUGUCACAAGUAGUUUUAUGCCCUAUUGGAUGUGUAGGGACCACUACCACUCCUUUCUGAAAUGCAAUGUCAUCUCUUUCCGCAUUUCAAAAAAGGUCACAGAGUAAUGUGAUACUCUUCACUUCUACUUUAACUGGUCAUAUGCUAAAACAAGAGUAUGACUACCUUCAAUGUAAUGUGAGUAGUGUAUACAUGGAACCACCUGCAGACGUACUGGAUAUUGGUAGAGAAGAGUCAGACCUUAAAAGUGUAAGGGGUAGCUUGAGCUGCUGAGUUUUUACAGCUAGGAGAAAUCUGGGCAGAAUAUACAAGUAACUCUGAGUUCGAGUGCCUAUAGGUAGCGAAAUUGAACUACCUGACUAUGUCUUCUGUAUCGGAAAGCUAGUAGUCUAAACCAGGUGUAGGCAACCUUUUGCACUCCAGAUGUUGUGGACUAUCUCCGCUGAUGGGUUUCUAGUGUUAUAACGGUGAGCAUUAUGGGGGAUGUAGUCCACAAUAUCUAGAGUGCCGAAGAUUGCCUACCCGUGAGCAAAACCAUUGUGUGUUUGUUUUUGUCGUGGGAGGCAGGUAAAUAACAUGCGUUACAUUAACUAGACAACUGACUUUUAAAAGGAAAUUUAAUAUCAAAGGUGUCUUGUCUGCAAUUUGUGUAGUUAGCAGGAGUUUAUUUUGGGGUUGAUCCUUGUUGCUUCUGGCAGCAUACUGGCCUUGGGUAAUUAAUGCCACCGCCACAGGACCCUGAUCAGCACAUAGUGCCCAGUAUCUAUACAUGUUUGUCAUGAUCCUCAAUUAUUAGGAAUAACGCUUUGACAGUGGCCCCUGAUAUAAACCCUGAACUAAAUCAAAUGCCAAGAAAUUUGUUGUAGUGAAAGUUACUGAACUCUAAACGUGUUCUUUAUUUUCAGUUGCAGGGUUAAAGGGUGGAGUUGAAAUAUGUAUUUUUUUUUUUUUUUUUUUGUGUGUGUGUAUAGACUUUUCAAGCUAAACAAAACCUGUUUGGUGGUUUUAUACCACACCUCUGUUCAUGGGAACAGCUGUUGGGCUGGUAAACAAAAUGCAUAUGUGCUUAUGAUAUAGAAUGUAUCUCUAACCUGAGUGUGUAAUUUGGGGGUAGGCUGAUCUGACUACUCGCUCUCUUUCUUCCAGCUCUGCCACACUGCCACUGAUGAUAAAAUGUGUGGAGGAACGGAAUGGGGUAUCUAAGCAAAUCAGCAGAUUUAUCCUUCCAAUAGGAGCAACGGUCAAUAUGGACGGAGCGGCUCUGUUUCAAUGUGUGGCUGCAGUCUUCAUCGCUCAGCUCAAUAGCAUUUCCCUCGACUUUGUCCAAAUCAUCACAAUCCUGUGAGUAGGACUGAUCAACGCUAGCUUCAUACAAUCUUCUUUUGUUAACUCCUGCAGACGUGCAGUGUCUUCCUGGAGCAAAGUAGUAACUAAUGCAGAAAUCUAACUUAAAUUUUUGUUUCCUUAAAGGUUCUCCCCAAUAGAAGAUAUUAAUUGUUCCCAAAAACUUAGACUUUUGUAGAGUUAACUUGUUCUCCUACAAUAGUUUAUACAGUGGAAUUCUAUAGAUCAUACGUUACAGCUGUACAUUGGGCUUGUCAAAGGGAUGUCUAACAGAUGUAUAGCAUGUAUUUAGUGUGCAAGAUUAGUGGUUAUAGUUCUGGCAUGUCUCUUAUGAUAUAUCAUACAUAGAUUACACUUUAUUACAUACCGUGUCAUUUGUACAUUAAUGGAUGACCAAUCCACCUUAUAAACUGCUCAUCCUUUUUAUUUUUGCUCCAAAGUGUAAGUUGAGCCUCAAGCAACUGGCAUUCUGUACAAUGCCAUGCCAACUUCUAAACCAGAAAUACGUGCAAUGGGGCUUAUAGUUUCUAACAAGGAAGUGGCCAAUUAAAUUGACUAAUUGGCCUUUAUCUACGUCACGUGUGAAACCGGUAUUGCGUCUUUUUAUAGAUUACCCAUCACCUUCCUGUGUUCCGCUCCUCCGGGGCCCCCCCUAAUGUUAUGAUUUUAUUUUAUUUCCUAGUGUUACCGCAACAGCCUCCAGUGUGGGGGCUGCUGGGAUCCCAGCUGGCGGUGUUCUCACCCUUGCCAUUAUCCUAGAGGCCGUGGGACUUCCAACACAUGAUAUCUCUCUUAUCCUUGCUGUGGACUGGCUGGUGUAAGUAGAGCUCCACGUUUCCUCCUUCCUCUAACAAUAAUCAGUGUGGUUAUGUAAAGCAUCGUAGGGACAGCAGUCCAUAGGCUUUGCCAGAGUAAUGGUUUGAAUUUAAUUCCACUAGUUAUAAAUAAAUAAAUCCCAGUUAUUUUAAAUGUCAGUCUAAUUUAUUCCUCUGCAUCUUGCUAUAUUUGGAAACCAAAACACCUUGUCCUAAAUUUUAUUUGGACCUGGUCACUGAGAAUGUGCUGAGUAGCCAGACUCCUCCAUGCUGUUUAGUUUGUGAGAAAUGCACUUUGAAACUAAAUAUUGGGAGGACGUGUAUCUAAGCAGCCGGGUCAAACCUGCUCUGGUUUCUUGUUUUAUGGGAAAGAGCAGCUGCAGCCUCUGGCUGUCCCGAGAGCAAAUGGCUCGCACUACGGGUGUUGGGUAAGAAAGAAAAGCAAGACACCAACCUUAUGAGCAGCUGCUCUUUUAUUAAAAUUUUAUUUAUUUCUGAAAGAAGGGUUAAUUUUCUUCAGAACUAAAACUGGUGCAAGUAUAUCCCUUCUCACUCUCUUCCUUUUCUCUACAGUGAUCGCACAUGCACAGUACUCAAUGUGGAGGGUGACGCUUUUGGGGCAGGUCUCCUGCAAGUCUAUAGCGACCGUACAGCCAAGAAGAACCCUGAAGAUGUAGAUCUUACUGGAGUAAAAGUGGAUUCAUCGGCAAAGACUCUUGAGGAUGAUCCACUCUUAGAGAAGGAUGUUAAAGUGUUCAUAGAUGGAGCAAGGUCAGAAGAAGAAGAGUCUAAAAUGUGAUGAAUCGAUGAAAUGCGUGAUCAUGUCUACAAAAGGACUUUUUUGUUUUUUUAAAUAUGUACAUUUUAUUUUUUACUUGGACCAUAACUUAUCUUCUAGAUCAAGGACUUGACGGUACCUUCUCCACUUGGGUGCCCUUAAUAUUUAUCCCAUAAUUAUUGUAAAUGGACACAUUGAUAUUAAUCUGCCUCCCUUUUAAGUCUUAGGUUUUAUAAAUGCUGCAGGGAUCUGUCUCUGACGGACAGCCCCAGUGUGUGUGUGUGUGUGCUAUGAGAGAAUGUUGCUAUGUAUAGUGGUUCUGGGUUAGUUGUAUGCGUGUAAUUUUAUUGUGUGAUAAUUAUACAAUUUUAUCAAGGAUCCUUGUAAAUAUUGGACCAAAUGAAAGCGGCAGGCACACGCUGAGCUGUGUCCUCCUGUAUACAGGCAUCAUGUAAGUCAAUCAUGAUAAAUACUGUUUCCCAACCCAUCCCUGUAAUGCUGUCCACAUGCACCUGACCUCCGGGUUGUGCAUUAAAGUCUGUUACAAACGCUCGAACACCCCAAGCACUUACACUGGCGUUGGUCAAAAUGGAUACAACCCUCCCGAUGUUUUCCAGCCUUAAGUUGCAGCUCCUCGCUAUAGCUGUAUAACAGCUGAGGACGUUACCUUGUUUGGACACUCUAAAUUAAACUGACUUUUUAUAGACCGAGGUAAACACAGAUUGGGCUGUGCCCAAGGCUGCAAGGUCAGGAGAUAAAAGGAUUGUGGAAUGGAGAAAAGAACAUAAUAAAGAACGACCAAAAAUGUUUGUGCUUGUCUUACUGGUUUGUGGGAGGCGGUGGUUUGCCCUGCAUAUGGGGUCAUCGUAUAAGAAAGAAUGACAGUCACAAUUUAUGGAAUAAUUCAGCUCAUGUGAAUAAAGUAGGGUAACUGUUUCAGUAGGUAUCACCUGGCUUUGAAAGACUGUCUGAAAUUUUGUGCAAAUAAAUGCCACGAAAACCAGAAUCGUUUUAUGUGGACAAUACUGAUAUCUAGGCUUUCAUUUAUAGGUUGGCUUGGGAGCACAAUAUCUGUUCCACCAGAAAAUAAAUAUGCGAAGACUGCAAUGCUUAAAUUUCUUUCCUCGUUAUCCAUGUAACCGUGGACGAUGAGCUAACUCUCAAUGGAUGGAUAAUAGAUAUGUGAAAUUUGUACAUAAUCACAUUGGUCUUUGAGUACGG